AUGGUUAGAAAAAAUUACCGUGUUAGUGCUCCUGCUUGUGGUGUUGAUGGGCCUGGUGACUGUACUGGUCAUUUAGUUGCCGGCUGUGGCUUUGAUUGGCCUAGGCUGUGCCUUGCGAGUCUGGCUCUGUCCUCUGGCAGUCUGGCCGCAUUGAUUUGGUUCUGGCCGGCAGCUACCGAGCUGCGUGGGCGUUGCCGCAACGCCCGUGGCGAAGAGACGCGGAACAGGAGGGUGCGGUUCAUGCGGAUUUUCUUUCCCCAUGCAUCCAACAAACAUAGAUUCAAAGAAGCUGAGUUAUUUUUCAAGUUCUUUUCAUUCAAUCUUUCAGUGGUCAAUCAUAAUAAUGAAGAUGACAAGGCCUUACUUAUUUUGUUGUUGUUGCAGAUGAAUCAGACUGAUAUCUCUGGUUUGGAAUUCACUGGCUUGCAUGAUACUCAUGUUGGUGAAGAAUCAUAUGCAACUGAAUUUCCUGAAAUGAAUCAGGAUCUAUCCCACAAAACCGAAUUUGAUGUGGUUAUGGCAACUACAGCCAUGCACAGUGGUUCUGGCAAUUCCUAUGCUUGCUUAGAUGGAUAUGAAGAUACAAGGAUGAUGUCAGGAAUUCAGGCCGUGAAGGAAGUUAGACAUGGCAGUACGCAGCACCUUGAGGGAACAUAUUCUGAUUCCGAUGAAGAAAACUUGUCAUCUAGUCCUGAAACUUCAUCCACCACUAAUUACGGUUACAUGGAACCAAAUUUGGAAAAUAUGUACAAUGCUUUGGGUGAAAUGGUUGAUAAAGAAGGGACGGUUGUGCUUAAACCUGACUUUGUGAUGUGCGACACGGCCCUGCAUUUUCAGCCUCACGUAAUUUUUUCACCAGAUGGGUUCAAAAUUGAACAUUCGGAUUGUGAUCCAUAUGAAGAUGAUAAGACGAUAGCUCUAUGUUGGGAUGUUUGUGACAUCAUUUCCAUUAAUAGUCAAUGGACUCAGAGUCUCAAUAUCAGUUACCCUUUUAACCAGGUUAUAUCUGCCUCUGUAACACUUCUUAUUAGACCCAGUGCAGAGACCGGAAGUUCAGAUCCUAUUAGAGUGGAGUUUAUUCUUACAGAUCCACAGUGGCCACGAAAACAAGAGAAGAUCUGUCAUAUGGCAUCAAGAUAUCGUGACAUCUGGAACAACACUCCAUCAGAGGAUUUUGCGUUGGAGAACCAGAGCACUGACCCAAGUUUAUUUUUCCCGAAACAGUACUUUUCUGGCAUUGACGACUUUGAAGAUGUUAUCUAUCCUAAAGGAGAUCCGGAUGCUGUUUCUAUUAGCAGCAGAGAUGUUGAUUUGCUUCUACCUGAAACAUUUGUCAACGACACAAUAAUUGACUUCUAUAUCAAAUACUUAAGCACAAGAAUGAAGACCACCGAGAAGAGCAAGUACCAUUUCUUUAAUAGCUUCUUUUUUCGCAAGCUGGCAGAUCUUGACAAAGAUCAAGGGAGAGCUCCAGAGGAUGGUGAAGCAAAAAAGCAUAGUAAAGUUCCAUGUAUAUUACAUAUGGAUUCUCUUAAAGGAAAUCACAGUGGACUGAAAGACAUUAUUCAAAGUUAUCUAUGGGAAGAGUGGAAGGAAAGGCACCCUGAAUCAGCAUUAGAUAUUUCAGACAAAUUCUUAAAUCUGAGAUUCGUCUCCCUUGAGCUCCCUCAGCAAGAUAACUCAUUUGACUGUGGCCUGUUCCUUCUCCAUUAUGUGGAACGCUUUCUGAUGGAUUAUCCCAGUAGCUUCAACCCUAUGAAGAUAUCAGUAUCCUCAACCUUUCUCAGUGAUGGUUGGUUUGAACCCGCUGAAGCUUCUCUGAAGCGUUCAUUGAUCCGGAAGUUAAUCCAGGAGCUAGUGACAGUACCUUCUCAAACUUUUCCGGAACUAACCUGUGGUAGCGAGCAGUUUGAUGAAAGUUAUCUAGGAAGAGAAAAUGCUGAGCCUGAAGCAGCUAGAGAGUUCCUUGCUCAGGGGUGCUCUGCUGGUGAAUCUGACUCACUUUGCCAAAUUGCUGGAACACAGCAACAAUCCACAUCCAUCUGCUUUAAUGAUUCUGGAAAUGUUCUACCUGUUCCUGGAUGCAUUUUAGAGACUGAAGGGGUUACAACAUUUGCUGUACAGGACACACAGGUUUGUCCACCCGACAAUGAUUUUGCCAUCUGCAUGCCAAGCCAGGCUGUUGAAAAUGAGCCACUUCCUGCGGAUUAUGAUAAUAAACCUGACCUGAGAUCAUGCGCCCCAGAAGAUGCUGAAGCGUUGAAGGAUGAUGGUUCUGUGGUAAAAGGUCAGGACAAUUUUGUGGAAUCCAUGCUGGAUUGUUCGCACAAUAACCGGACAAUUUCUAGCUACACAGAAGUUACGAUGCAUAAUAUUAUGGAUUCCAAGUGUGGCUCAUUCUCUGAUAACUCUGAGGCAAUGGCCUACAAAGAACAUAGCUUAGAAACAAACAUAAAUGAAGUUCUGGAUGAUUGCUGUGAUGAAGAUAUGCAUCCUGUCAUGAUGUCUGAUGCCAGGGAAGUUGACAUUGCAUCUGAUCCAGCAAGCACCAAAGACGAAGCUGACAAUGGCAGAUAUGAUUUCCCUGAUGCCAUGGGAUCUGUAGUGGCUGGUGAUAUAGAAGGGAAUACUUGUGAGCAUUCUUCAGAAAGAAACAUUGUUGAAGAUGAGGAGGCCAAGGGUGAUGUUUUUGAGGACACGUCUCCACUCAUGGUAUGCGAUUUGAACAAUGAUGUUGCUGAGCAGUCUUUACCCGUGGUAUGUGAUUUGAAUAACGAUGUUGCUGAGCAUUCUCCCGCAAUAAUUGCUGUCGAAUCUGAGGACGCGAAACAUGAAGAUACUUCUGUGGAUCUCAAUGUGGAAGAUGAUAUCAAAGUGGAUCUCAAGGUAGAAGAUGAUAUCGAAGUUGGCACGGAGGAAACUUGCGCAGUUGCUGAUAAGAUCAGUGAUGGUGAGCAGCAUAUUUCACCCGAGUCCAAAGAGGGAAACAUUGACAGCUGUGCUAUCAGCGACAGCGCUGUUCCGCAUGAGCUGAAAGAGGGAGAGACUAGCACCAUCGUGGCAGGUGACAGUACAAAUGGGAGUGAUGAAGCUCAUGUGGACAGUGUGGAUGCACACGGUAGCGUAGGACCAGGAGCUGGCGAGACAGUUCCUUGUGAAGUUGACACUAACCAUUCUGAUGCUGAGAUGCCUGACGUUGAUAGCGCCUUGUGCGUGAAGAAUGAAACAGUUUGCGAGGACGAACCGAAUGAAGCAGUUUGCGAGGAGACACCCUGUGAUGCUAAAAGGCCUCUUGCUGAUAGCAUCUCUGAAGAUCAGAAGAUGGGAGUUUGCGAGGACAAACCGAAUGAAGCAAUUUUUGAGGACAAACCCUGCCAUGCUAAAAGGCCUCUUCUUGCCAGCACCUCUGAAGGUCAGAAGAUGGAAGUUUCCGAGGACAGGUGCUCGGAGAAGGAUGUCGAGUCUACCGCAGAGAAGACAGAGCAGCGCAAGAAGCGUCGCAAGGUCCCUCCGGCCGCCCCCCCGCAGACGCCUGCAACAGAUAAGCGACAAACGAGGAGCUCCUCAAUGCCACUGUUUCUGGGUUAG